CGGUGAGAGAGAGAGAGAGAGAUAGCGUGAGGAGAGAAUUGGGUGCGGUGGGAUGCACCACAGUGCGGUGCGGGUGGCGCAUAUGGGGAUUAAACGGUGGCGUAUUGUCACUCCAGCUGGGCCAGCUCGCAUUUAUGUUUCCUUGUGCUCCAACGACUGAACCCAAAACAAACUCCUCUGACUGGUGGUAGCUUCGUUCUUUUCUUUGGGCGACCGACCUUUCUUCUUUAACGUUGAUAGUAUACGACAUAAAUGGCUACACCAUUGAUAGCAGGGAUGGCAAUAGCUGCUGUUGCUUACGCGGGCAGAUAUGGUAUCCAGGCUUGGCAGGCAUUCAAGGCAAGACCUCCAACAGCUAGGAUGGGCAGAUUCUAUGAGGGUGGUUUUCAAACUGUCAUGACGAGGAGGGAAGCAGCUUUAAUACUUGGAAUUAGAGAAAGUACUCGAUCAGAUAAGGUUAAGGAAGCUCAUCGGAGGGUGAUGGUCGCAAACCAUCCAGAUUCAGGUGGUAGCCAUUACCUUGCUUCUAAAAUAAAUGAAGCAAAAGAUGUCUUGCUUGGAAAAGCAAAGGGUAGUGGCUCUGCAUUUUAAUGCCAUUGACUGUGUUUCACCUCACCAAGGCCGCUUGUUUGCAGCAAAUGAGUCAGAAUACACUAAUACUGGAAAAGCUCGAACCAAAUCCUUGAAAAGAAAUAUUACAAUUAGAAAUUGAGGGUCUAUGUUCAAUAGAUUGUUUGAACCCCCAGAUGUAACAGUAAUUGAGUAAGCACCAAUUGUAAUGUUCUCUUUUACACUGUGUAAACUAAAGAGUUUAGGUUCCUUACUGAUUGUAGCGUGGCGAUUUUUCCCCUUCACUGGAAGCAUUUCCAUCCCACCUGUUGUCCUUGGAUUCUGGCAUCAACCUUACGUAUUUUUUGUGGAAAAUGCGAAAAUGAAGUCCUGAAGUUUCUACAGUGUGCCACAGUCUCAUAUGGGCACUUUUCCUUGUGGUUUCCGGACUUCAAUAACCUUUUUCACUGUUCAGCGCUGAUCAUAUGUAAAACCAUUCUAUUUUCUUUUA